AUUUCCCUUCCAAGAUUCUGCUUGUUUUAAAAGCAACCAGGUGGUAUUCAAGGAAAAUAGCAUUAUUUCGUUUAGAUUCUGCUCGAAAUGCAAUAUAUGGUUGGCUGUUCUAUGCGGCUUGUUUUUUCUCCUCAGCAUCGCCCUAUUUGUGGUAUGGGCAGUCACCAGCCACGGUUUCUCUAAUCUUGGAGGGCUACCAAAGGUGUGCAGUACGAAGGAGUGUAUUGACACAGCUUUUCGGAUAUCGAAUUCUGUCGAUGACGCAGUGGAACCAUGUGAAAACUUCUAUCGCUAUUCGUGCGGCAAAUUCCAUCGUCAAGACAUUGAGAAGCAGAUGAACUUCCUCGAAAUCCAAACUGAUGCUACCCGACGUAAACUUCACAGUAGAGAAAGAAUCGGAUAUUCUGCGUUGAUCGACCUUUUGAAGAAUUUACCAUGUGGUCCGAUUUUGGAAGGAUGUAACUUCAGCCCAGUUUCGUACAGCUGGGAGCGACAUAGCGGUAUGCUAGAUUGGUAUGCUGACCAAUACAAUUUUGUGGUGUUCGGCACGGAUGUUUAUCUGAAAGAUCGUUCGCAAUUAAUUUUACAGUUCCAACCACCUGAUCUGUCGCAAAUUAUCGGUCCAAUUCGAGCAGAUCUCAUAAAAAUUGCCAACCCUGGACCAACCGAGUUGGAACCACUCCUUCAAGUGCAAAUACGACAGCUCACAAGGUCUACUGAUCCGAACAUCACCGACAUGAAGCUCGAUGACUUCAAGUCCAUAGCACCACAGAUAAGUUGGCGUGAUCUGUUGGGAGCAGAGUUGUCCCCGUUGCUGAAUUUAACGGAUACAACUAUGGUGUCAGUGAUGAAUCUCGAGUACUUCAACCAAUUGGCUCUGCUGGCUGCACGUUAUUCCCUUCAGACGAUGGCCAACUAUCUUGUAGUAGUGACGGUGAAACAUCUGCAAGCCUUUACUUUCGACGAAAAACGACAGCCGAGCUGGUUACAGUGCGUCGAAAAUCUUGAGACUUUCGAGCCCGUUCAAAAGUUGUACAUCACCAAUAAUCAACUGAACAAGAAAGAUAAAAUCCUUUCCUUUCUUGGAGAGCUUAAGAAGAACUUCUUGGCUACUCAUCAGACGCAGUCACCUCAAUACGUCAGCGACAUUAAUCGCAUCGCCUUCUUAGUCGGAUAUCCUCAACGACUCAUGGAUGAAGAGCUUGUUUGGAAACCCUUUUCUCCUGUUGUGGUAGACUUUGACGACUACUUCGGUUCGAUCACGAGGCUGCUACGGAGACAAAGUACCUACCGACUGGCGAAGAUCGGUACCUCAUUGGAUCCAGAUGAUACAACAGUGUAUGAUGUGCUUCGGCCUACCAUUGAAUACAACGGUCAUCUCUCCAUCAUGGGUAUAACUUUAUUACACAUUUGA